AUGUGCCUCGCUGCGCCGACCAACUACGCCGGCUUCGCCGCCGUCCGAUUUCUCCUCGGAUUUGCCGAAGGGGCUGUAUCCCCAGCGUUCAUCACGAUCACCAGUAUUUGGUACCGAAGUAAUGAGCACGCUCUCCGAACAGCACUGUGGAUCACCAUGAAUGGCGUUGCCCAGAUAUGUGGUUCCCUGCUUAUGUACGGCAUCGCCAAAAACACCUCGCUCACUCUCGCCCCGUGGCGAACACUCUUCCUUGUCUGCGGUGCCAUCACCUCUGCGGCGGGCGUCAUGUUCUAUCUCUUCAUGCCUAACGGCCCUAAAGAUGCCUGGUUCUUGACAGUCCGCCAGAAGCAGGUUCUCUCCUUGCGUAUGGCCAAGGACCGUGAAGGAGGCGACAAGACGUCGUUCUCAAUGACACAACUUAAAGAGGCAGCUCUGGAUAUCAAGACAUGGUUCGUAUUCUGGUUUGGAGUCUUGGUGACAAUGCAGUCCCCAGUUCUUACAUUCCAGUUCGCAUCACUUGUCAUCAACAACAUUGGAUACGACAAAUACGAAACCAUGUUAUAUACUGCUCCUUCAGGUGCUGUCCAAAUUGGAAUGCUAUGGAUUGGCGUCUGUGGCUGCAUGCUGUUCCCUCGAAAUCGAACUCUUGUGGCCUUGGUUCUAAUCUUCCCACCGCUUGCGGGAAACGUGCUUCUGAUGAAGCUCUCUACUGAUUCAGGAUGGGGCAUGAUAGCUGCCUCCUGGAUUUCAUCAUGUAUCACUGCGGUUUGGUCCAUCCUUCUCUCUCUGACCGCUUCCAAUGUCAAGGGCAAUACCAAGCGCGCCAUAGUCAAUGCCAUGUUCUUCGUUGGCUACUGCGCUGGUUGCAUUGGUGCCCCACAACUCUGGACUAAGAAACCACGAUACUUCAACGGUGUCGUCACAGCUAUCGUCACUUGGUGCCUUUUGUUUGUUGAAAUCGUGUUAUAUCGGUACCUUUGCGCAAGGGAUAACUCAAGAAGAAAUGCCGAUCUUUCUGAAGGACAGUCCACCCAACAAGCCCACGGGGAGAUCAUCUUGGAUGCUGGGGGUGCCCCUGAUAGUGAUCUAACAGACAAGCAAGACAAGGCGUUCAGAUACAGCAUAUGA